AUCAAUCACUCAGCGAUCAUGCCUCCACGCACCAAACGAGCCCCAGCAUGGACCAAUGCAGAGCUGCAGGACCUCAUAAGUGUUUGGGGAGAGGAGGCUGUGCAAGCACAGCUGCGCUCCAGAAGGAGAAAUUAUGAUACCUAUGGGCAGAUAUUGCAGUCCUUGAUGAGAAGGGGCCAUGAACGGGACGAGUUGCAGUGCAGGGUCAAAAUUAAAGAGCUGAGGAGUGCUUACUGCAAAGCUCGUGAGGGAAAUUGCCGCUCAGGAGCUGCCCCCACGACCUGCCGUUUUUACCAGGAGCUGGAUGCCAUACUUGGGUGUGACCCCACUGCCAAUCCUAGGAGCACGAUGGAGAGUUCAGAGCAGGGAGAAGUGGGGGAGGUUGUAGAGGACGGCGACAGUGAGGCUACUGGCGUGGAGGGAGACACCCCGGAGUCCCAGUACACAUGCAGCCAGGAGCUCUUCUCAAGCCAGGAGGAGGCUAGCCAGUCGCAGCAGCUGGAAGUUGAUGGUGAGGAAGAAGCUGAGGAUCGUGCUCGGAUGACCUUGACUACUGCAGCCGGAUCACUGGCCUCACAUAGGUUGCAGAACUUGAGAUGGAAUCCUAGAAAAUCAAAAGAGGAAUUGAUCAAAUCUGUUAUGAGCCACUACAACAGAGAAAGUAGGAAGACACAGGAAUGGAGAGAGAAGACAUAUGAAUGGAGAGAGAGUGUACAUGAAUGGAGAAAGAGUGUACAUGAAUGGAGGCAAACAGAAAGCAGGAGAAAGGAAUUGUCUGCCAAAAAAACCACAAAGCAGAUGAUAAGCCUCCUGGCUCGCCAAACUGAGGCUUUCGAGUCUCUUGUAGCCAUGCAGACAAAUAUGUACCGUGGUAACCCACAGCCCUCCCAAAGCCCUCUUCCUUGUUCCCCAGUAUUUCCACAAAACAACUUUCUCCAGCAGCCAGUUCCUUAUUAUCUCCAGCUGCCCCCAACACCUGUACGAUCACCUACCAGCCCUGAUAACUAUAAUUCUUACCCUGUUCACUCCACCCCCAUUACCCUGCAGCAUAGUAAUCCUGAAGUGCAGCAGACAUUGAAUAGUGAUCAAAAUAGGGCAUAUUCAAACCUGUGAAUGUACAGUCCACCACCCCAACCCCCUUGCCUGUUAUGUACUGUAUGUUGAAUAAAGGUUUUUUUUUCUUUUUCACUACGUUAUAUUAUUGCUGUAAGUGGUAAAUAUUAUACACCAAGGUAAAGCAAAGCACAUCAAAUGCAUCAAACAUUACUGUUGGCUCUCAGCAUCAAAUUGCUCCCUUAAAGCAUCCCUAAUCGUUGAAGCCCUUUCCUGGGCCUCCCUAUUAGCCCUGCUCUCUGGCUGAGCAAACUCAUCCUCUAGGCGUCGAACCUCGGAGGUCCAUUCCUCACUGAAUCUUUCACCCUUCCCUUCACAAAUAUUAUGGAGGGUACAGCACGCGGAUAUAACAGCGGUGAUGCUGCUUUCCACCAAAUCUAGCUUCCCAUAAAGACAGCGCCAGCGUGCUUUCAAACAGCCAAAAGCACACUCCACAGUCAUUCUGCACCGGCUCAGCCUGUAGUUGAACCGGUCCUUGCUCCUGUCAAGCUUCCCUGUAUAUGGUUUCAUGAGCCAGGGCAUUAAGGGGUAAGCGGGGUCUCCAAGGAUCACAGUGGGCAUUUCGACGUCCCCUACUGUGAUCUUGCGGUCUGGGAAAAAAGUCCCGGCCCUCAGCCUCCUGAACAGGGAACUGUUCCUAAA